AUGUCCUCCACCUACUAUACACUAUUCCAAUUCAAAAUCAAGUGGAAACGCCGUACUCACAGCAAACUCUCAUCUUAUUUUAAUUGUUUACAAUACUAUCCGUUUGCUAUGAGUUCAAUCAAUGGAGAGCAUGUUGUGAUGCGGGAAGUUAAUGAAUCUGUCAUACUGUUCGACUUCCUCGCUGUAACGAUAUGGAUUAUAGCACUAGUUCAUAACAAACAGUGGAGAGCACUGAUCGUCGCUGGAGUUGGAUUUGUUAUUUAUUAUCUUGUUGAUGCCAUUCUCUGGAUGACCAUCAUGGGCGUGCGUACGAUUGAAACUACACAUAACAUCAAUCCUUAUCUUAUUCAAAUCUGGCUUCAACUAGGUCCGGGGGUCAUUCAUCCCUCCUGGGUGAUUUUAAUGUUAGAAGGCACUUUCGGUCCCAACAAGAAACAUAUGAAGCGUGAAUUCUGGAUAAUCUUAUUCCUUCUUGUCCAGUUUACCCCUGCCUUCGCACAACAGAGUGUGAAGUUUGAUGGUCAGAUUAUGAUUAUGCGCAAUAUGCAAUCGCAGAGAUGGAUCUUCAUAUUGAUAGGCUGCAUAGGGUAUCUGUACUUGAUCUAUCGUCAGGUUUCAGCAAAGGCGCUGUUAAAGAUAUUUGUUAUCUGCACAGCUGUGGAAACAUGCUUUGAAAUGUCUCUACUCUUGUCUGAUGUUCGCAAGGCUACACUGCAAACCGUCUUCAUUGAUUGUAUUAUUGAAUUCAAUGUGGGAGCUGGCAUUAUUGUUGAAUUGUGGAGAUUCUUAAUGCCCAAAAAAGAACGAGAUUUCAUUGUAAUGAGCAAUGAACACCUAAAAGAUUAG